GAGGCGGUGGUAGGGUCUGCAGGAUUAUCAUCGGGCUCGCAGCGUGCUCGUAAGUUGCACGUUGUAACGCUACGAAUAAGGCGAAAGUCUAAAGAUAGACUAUAUAUUUGCAUGCAACGUCCCACUCUUAUUUUAACGACCACGCCAAUAGCAUAUUGGUUGCAUGUGGAGACGCGGAUUCGGGCCACUCACCACAGAACGAGGCGUAUCAUGACAAUUAUCCGUUCUUCCGGGGGUAUCAUCCAGGUCAUCAGUGGUGAGAUUCGAGAUGGAAGUAAGCCUUGGCUGCCCCACUUGUAUGGUAUAUAAGUAGCAGUUAAUAGCAAUCAUGGUCUACAAACAAUUGUUCAUCAACAAUGAGUACGUCGAUGCCACCUCCAACGAAACGCUCACCAUCACUUCUCCCCACGACGAAUCUCUCGUCUUAGACGGGGUUCAGGUCGCCUCUGCAGCCGACGUUGAUACUGCUGUCGCCGCCGCGCGUGCAGCCUUCAAAGGCGAAUGGUCAAAAUGGACGGCCCAGCAACGUAGCGAUGCCAUGAACAGGCUUGCAGACUUGAUCGAUAAGCAUGCUCCGGAACUGGGGCGCUGGGAGAGUAAGAGUAUGGGCCAACCGACUGCCAUUGCGCAGUGGUUGUAUAAGUUGGUGAGCCAAACAUUUAGAUACUAUGCAGGCUGGACGAAUAAGCUGCCCGGGGAGCAGUGGCCGGAAGAGGACGGAUUUUACAAGAUUGUUCAAUACGAUCCCGUUGGGGUAUGCGCUGGCAUUGGGGCUUGGAACGGCACAGGGCUCUUCUUCGGCUACAAAGUCGCUGCUGCUCUAGCUGCUGGGUGUACCUUUAUUCACAAAGGCUCUGAGAAGAGUCCAAUUGGUGUGCUGCAGCUUGGAGAGCUCAUCAAAGAGGCUGGAUUCCCCCCUGGUGUUGUCAACAUCAUCACUGGCGAUGGUAAGGUCGGUGCUGCAUUGGCCAGCCAUAUGGAUAUCAACAAGAUUUCCUUUACUGGUUCUGUGUUUGCUGGGAAAAAGGUCCAGGAACUGGCCGCUAAGAGCAACCUCAAACGCGUAACACUCGAACUCGGCGGCAAAUCGCCUUCGCUCAUAUUUUCCGAUGCAAACAUGGAAAACGCGCUUGUGCACCACAGCCAAUUCUUCCUCAUCAACAGCGGUCAAGCCUGCACCGCCGCCUCCCGCACCUUUGUGCAUGAAGACAUUGCGGAUGAAUUCGUCAAGCAGCUAAAAGUGCGCUUCGAGCAGUUCAGCCACGCCACUGGCGCGCCCGAGGAGGCGACGACGUUCCUAGGCCCAUUAGCUGAUGGGAAGCAGUUUGAGCGCGUGAUGGAAUUUUUGGAAAUUGGCAAGGGCGAGGCAGAGCUUGUAACUGGUGGUACGAGGAAAGGGGAGAGUGGGUUUUAUAUUGAGCCGACGAUUUUUCUUAAUCCCAAGGACGAUGCUUCCAUCUACCGUGAGGAGAUUUUCGGACCCGUCAUCACAAUCAGGACGUUCAAGACGGAUGAGGAGGCCAUUGAGCUGGCGAACGAUACUAGUUUCGGCUUGUCUUCGUGCAUCUUCACGGCCUCUAUACCGCGCGCCCUGCGCAUUGCGAAGCAGCUUGACGCUGGCAAUGUAAACAUCAACGCAGCCCAGCAGGUGAGCGUUGACGUGCCGUUUGGGGGAGCGAAGCAGAGUGGCAUUGGGCGGGAAGGUGGUCGUCUUGGCUUAAUGAAUUACCUCGAGCCGAAGACAAUCCGCCUCAAGUAAGUUGUCCUUGUCCAUACGGAGUCAAAGCUAACAAUUGGUAGCAUGAAUGUUUGAGGUGUUCAAAGCGGCAGAAAGGGGGGCCUCGUAUUGCAGAAGACAGAUUUGGGUGUAAUGUACGAGGGGCUGCUGAGUUGGCAAGAGCUGAGUGGGGUUGUUAAAACACGCCGGCAAAAAUGAUGAUUGAUUGUUUCGAAACACAAACACUCCUCCACACUCGUUUCAGACUGCUAUACGCAACCAUGGAUUGUAGCGUAGCGUUUACCAAGGCCGUAUAUGCGGCCGUUGCGUAAUUCUUUUGGUUGGGAUGCACUGCGCGACACGGUUCUAGACCAUGGCUCCACCUACGUCCAUAUAUAGCAGCAGCUUCGGCCAAAGCAACUGGUG